GCACUCGUUGCCGCACGUUAUAAUGCUCGAAGUCCACGAACGGAACGAACGUUCGACGACAGUCAUUCAGAGCUCGACCAGUGUGCUGCACGUUUCGUGGCUUCUCUAAUCCUCGUGCUACGUCGUGCUGAAUCACAUCCGCCCUUGGCAGUUGCCGGUGUCGACGAUCGGACCACCCGAACCAACCGGAACAGGAACUAAGGAUACGGAGAGGAAGAACGAUGCUUUGAGUACGUCGCGUGUAUACCGGACAUCGUAUCCCGGUGAAUUUUCUCUGUGACGCGUCGAUCGUCGAUAGAGGCUAUCCUCUGUCUAUACGCACCAGUGACCAGUGAUAUUCGACAAGAGAACUACAUAGAACCUCUAAAGGUUGAGCAUCGCGUUUCCUCCGAAUAUUGAUUAUUCGGGAGGAUGUCGAAGUCGGGAAGCAUCAAGGAUGACGAGAAGGGGCCGUAUGACCCGGUUCCAAUCACCGAUAAAGCCAACGACGAGAUCAAACUAGAGGCGAAGAUGUCCCUAUUGAAUGGAAUUACCGUGAUCGUUGGCUCCAUUAUUGGUUCUGGCAUAUUCGUUAGCCCGACCGGCGUUCUCAAGUAUACAGGAAGCGUGAACGCGAGUCUUCUGGUAUGGACAGCUUCCGGUAUCUUCUCCACGGUAGGUGCGUACUGUUACGCGGAACUAGGUUGCAUGAUCAGAAAGUCGGGUGCCGAUUACGCGUAUAUCAUGGAGACCUUCGGACCCUUUCUGGCGUUCAUCAGGCUCUGGGUUGAGUGCAUGAUAGUCCGGCCUUGCAGCCAGGCCAUCGUUGCCUUAACUUUUAGCGUUUACGUGUUGAAACCAGUGUUUCCGGAUUGUGCACCGCCGGACGAUGCCACGAGGAUAUUGGCAGCGUGCUGCAUCUGCAUCUUGGCGUUCAUUAACUGCUGGGACGUAAAAUGGGCGACCAGGGUGCAAGACAUUUUCACAUACGCAAAAUUACUCGCUCUUUUCAUCAUCAUCUUCGCAGGAGCUUAUCAACUCUUCACUGGACACACGCAGUAUUUCACGUUCGACAACACAAACACAGAAGUGACAUCGAUAGCACUCAGCUUUUAUUCGGGACUGUUCGCUUACAACGGCUGGAACUACUUGAAUUUCAUCAUCGAGGAACUGAAGGACCCUGUUAAGAAUUUGCCAAAGGCUAUUGCUAUCUCGUGCGUCCUUGUUACAACAGUCUACGUUUUCGCAAACAUGGCAUUUUAUACAACGCUGAGUCCAGUGGAAGUUCUCGGCAGUGAGGCUGUAGCAGUCACGUUUGCGAAUCGUUUGUUCGGUAUGUUCGCUUGGAUGAUACCAGUAUUCGUCGCCCUUUCCACAUUCGGCGCUGUAAAUGGAAUUCUUCUGACAUCCUCCAGGCUCUUCUACGCUGGCGCUUGUGAGGGUCAAAUGCCUGAAAUAUUAACGAUGAUCCAAAUUUCGAGGCUCACCCCUACGCCAGCUGUCCUUUGCAUGACCAUGUUGUCCAUGUUGUAUCUCUGCUCUUCCGACAUCUUCGCCCUCAUCAAUUACGUUGGUUUUGCUACUUGGUUGAGCAUAGGAGUUUCUGUCCUCUGUCUACCAUGGCUCAGAUGGACACAACCAAAGCUGCUUAGGCCCAUCAAAGUGAACCUCUUCUUCCCCAUAAUCUAUAUUCUUGCCACCCUCUUUGUAACUAUUGUGCCCAUGUAUGCCAGCCCUGUGGAAACAGGAUAUGGUUGCCUGAUGAUCCUCUCAUCCAUACCCGUAUAUUUUGUGUUUGUCGCGUGGAAAAGCAAGCCCAAGUUGUUCCAGAAAGGAGUCAUAAGCGUCACGAAGUUCCUGCAGAAGAUAAUGCUGGUCGUCGGAAAGUCGAAACCUGCUCAGGUUUAACCGCAGUUACAAUGGAUCCUUUCGACAACGAUGACUUCCGGUUCCAAGAGAACUAGACACUAUUCACAAUGCUCAGGGGGAAUUUCGUUUUCUUUAAAAAAAUUUAUUUCAUAUUUAUGUAUGUGGCAAAUUUGAAAAGUCUGUGCAAACUUCAAAAUAUCGGAUUUAAAAAUCUAAUUCAAUUGGAACAAUAUUCGUUCUCUGAACAUAAAGGGCGUCCUUAUUAGAGGCAGCCAUAUCAAAUCAGGACGCCUACCAGAAGACAACAAUAAAAAUCUGGUUCUCUUGUCUAGUCGCCAUCCGUGUUAAACUGGUUUCGAGAUUUUUGCGGUAAUUUAUCAUUCACAUGUUUCUUCCAACGGAGGUGUAACAUCAUAGACAACCAAUGAUUACAAAGAACUGCUGUAUUUUAACAUAAAGAAGCAUCGACAUGUAACUACUGUCAAAAGGAAAGAUGAUUUGCCCCUCCAUUGGACACGUGGGUACGACUUGAAAGAGACAUUCUAUCGUUAUUAUACCGUUUCAUUGCACAUUGUAUCAUUUCCAUUCCCGAAUUCGACCCUUCGUUUCAAACUUUGCAUUACUAGAUCUUGCAUGGAAAUGAUAGUUCGUAGAUUCUUUGAUAGUAAUUAAUUUAUUAUUCCUUCUUCUUAUAAUCUUCAAACGAAAUUAAUCCUUCGUGAUCCAAGUAAUAUUUAACAAAUAAUUGCAAAUGGUUGUUACUCAAUUUUUUAUUGUAGUUGCUUUCAAGAGCAGUAUACGAUUUAUAAAUUAAUACAAUCUUCAUACAAUAUAUAUUAAGAAUUAAAAACUAUGGUUUUAAAUAUUAAAAUUGGAAAAGUAAAAUAAAAUAAGGUGAAAAUAACGAUUCUAGAUAGGAUUACAAAGGAUUAAUUGUAUAGUUUUCCGAUUAGUUAUUAAGAUAAAAAGAAAAAAAAAGAAUAAAAAGUGAAGAAACGAAGGGUGAGAAUAUUAUAACGCGCUGACACCCGAUCGCAUAAUAUGUACAACAAUCGCGUUUUACUGCCACUGUUGUUGGCGCGUGCACCAUGUAGGUAAACUAUAAGUACACCAUAGAAUCAUGAAGCUCCAGAUUGCGAGCAAAACUUCGUAAGAGGACGGACAGCCACUCGAGUAACUCUGGCUAUUAAUAUAUAUCUUGUUCCUCUCUUUUUACUUUUUUUUUUUUUUAGAUUUUGAACGCGCGUUUUACAGGAAAAUUUAAUUUCACGUCUGUGUAACACAGAGCAAACUUACGAGCGUACGAAUUUUUAUAGUUUUUAUACCUUUUUAAUCGUAAUCUAAGAUCUUAAAAACGAUUUUAGUCGAUUUCUUAGCGUUUGUAUCAUUUUUAAUCAUUCCUUCUCUGGGCCUUUUUUUCUUUCGUGAAGAAUGGUGAAUGCAUGCAGCGUGAAUGUAAAUAUAGAAGAUGUGAAGGAUUAGUGGCAAAAUUGUACCGAGCAUGGCGUGAGUUUAAAUUUCAAGAAAAUUUCAAAAAAAGAAAUAGUAAAUUAAAUUGUUAUGAAAAACUAAAGAAACAUUUGUGUGUACCAGUUGACGAUUGUGAAUUCUGCUUUAAGCUUAUCGUUAAUCGAAGGGAAAAAUCGCAGAAUCCAAAUGUUGCGAGCCUUUCCUUUAUUCUUGAUGAAAUAUCAGAAGAAACUGAAAGAAGAAAAAUAUGAUGCAGCUCGUAAGAUUGUCCUGUUCAUUUGACGAAUUUAAUUUAGUUGAACUAUAAUACAUACUGCGAACCUCUUAAGACUUAACCCAUUAUCUCAUCUCCUAUCACUCACGGAUACCAUAGUUUACACACUGUGAUUCUUACUUUAUCUUAGAGAUGCAUUUUUUUUUUUGUAAAUAUCGAUUUUUGCAAACGAUUGUCGACGCACGGACCUUUUUGGACGGAAAUUUUGAAAGAUUUUCCUUUUCUCACAGGUGCGAUAUAAUUGGUAGACUGUGAGAUUUAAGACGAUGAACAUUUUUUGAUAGCGAUCGUGCGACUUGUUUGAAUGUUUCAACAUAUCUAAAAAGUAUCACAUGUUUUUGAUACAAAUUUUUGAUACAAUGAAAAAAGUUUCAAGUCGCAGCAAUGUCUUUAUUUUUUAAAUGUUUUGCGUCACAAUUUUCAAUCUUUUCUUCAAGUAUAACGAAGAAAAAACAAAAUACGUGAUUUUAUUUGAAAUUAUUUAGGUAAACCGAAAAACUUCUGAAAGCAUUCGUAUUUCGAGAUUUGUUAACAGAUAAGAAACUAUCAAAAUUUCUAAUCUGAAUAAUUAUCUGUAAGAAAGGAUGGUGAAAAAGUUAUUCUACCAAAGAGAAUAGAAAAGAAACUAGAAAAUUCGAGCAUAUCUGUAGCAAAAUUAUUCUAGGACCAAGAUUUUUCUAAAGAGUGUUCUCUCGGUGCUAAGUCUUGUCUAAUUAAAGAAACGUCCCGGUGCGUCUACGCGUAAGAUCACAAAGUAAUUAAAUUACUUUUACCGAAACUCGUCAGCCUGGAUGAUUCGCAUGAUCCAAAUUUGUUUUGGAACAAAAUAUGUUUGGUGGUCAGAAAAUUGAAAUAAGAAUAAAUAGUAAUAUAAUUUUUUAAUAUGUCGAGAAAUGAAUCUAGGAACGUUCUUUUUAUAUCAAAAAAUUGAAAUGAAUCAGUUAGAUAUUAAUCAAGUAUUUUGGAAAUUCCUUCAGAACCACUUGUUUCGAAAUUUGCAGAUUUUUUAACUUUCUAUUUUCUUUUACGCAUUCAAUAGUUGAAACACAAUUUUACAAACAGGGGUUUUUCACAAAUUUUCUCUAAUAUUAUUUUUAAUCUAAGAAGUCUCACCUCAUAGUAACUUCCACUUCUUUCAUUUUAGUCGAUACUUUAAUCGAUGCUAACUGCAAUCACCGAUCAAAAAUUGAAACCAAACAAUAAGACCAAACAAAUUAGGAAUUUAAGAAGUCGCUAGAUGCUCAAUGUGUAUGUAUUUCUUUCCAACUAGCGAUUUAUAGAAUCAGACAAUAUCUUUUUCCUAAUUUAUAUACAAUUUUCCCAUUGGAGAGUAUUAAGUGUUAAAUAGGGAAGGAAGGAAGACGAUUACUUGCAAUUACGAUUAAUAUCUAAGUUUUCCGUGGUUUAGCUGUUUUUGAGGGAUAUGUUUCGACGAUCGUCGUCAACUCCCAUGGAAAACAACUGACCUGACAGAGUGUCCAUCGAUACACGGCCUAGUCGAUCAUUGACGAUUCAGUAUUUCGUCUAGAUAAUUAUACAGGCGUCAGGUUGAUCUCUUUCAAAAGAAAAAAUACAUCUAAAAGAUUCGAAAUAUUAAUCAUGAUUUAUUAUCGAUAAUGUCAUUGAUAUUAAUAUUGACCGAUAAUUAUGCUUCAAGCGUUUAUAAAAGUUUAUGAAACGUAUCCAUAGCCUUAAAUGAAUUCCAUAAUUUAAUUACUGCAAUUUAAAUACUAAUUUCACGCACAGAUACUAAUUGAAUAAUGCGAAUUCUAUAGUAUUUAGAAAAAGAUAGAAAGAGUAAACCAACGCCGAAUGGACCGACGCUAGCGAUAGCGAUUCUAUAAAUAAAUUAUAGCAAGACGAGGAGGAAUUGCAUAUUUUUGACAAUGAAAGUGUCAAUGGCCACUCUGACACAUGUGACAAUAAACAUCUGUUAAUUAAUUAGUCAGGUGUAAGUAAGAUAAAAAAUAACAAAGAAGAAAAAUCUAUGAACAGUUGGAAUGUUUGUCAGAAUUCGAUUUUUGUAUUAUUUUUUUAUGUUACGAAAUACCAGCGUGUACUUGAAAUGGCUUGCGAGGGAAAGAAGAAACGUUUGUCUCAACACAUUACUCUAUAGUGGUUGCAUCAUUUUUACUUCAACUUCUGGAGUUUCGAUGAAUCGUAAGUAGCAAGAGAAGGUUGUAUUAUUUUUAUAUUGUACAUAUAAUAAUAAUAUAACAAUGUAAAAUAUAUGCGGAGUUGUGAAAAGAUGGAAGAACCGGAAGUUGAGAAUUUUAGGCGAAUAUCGUUAUGAAGAAUCAAAGAAUUUACAAAAAAAUUUUUUGUGAAUGUCAUUGAAAUUGUAUUCGUGAGUAUUCAAACAAAUUUUCAGAGUUAAUAGAUGGAAAAAGGCGACGUUAAAGGAUAAAAGUGCUGCAACCACGUUUGCGAGCAUUUAAAAGCACAUAAAAUGUACGAAUUCAUGUUGAAACGCAUAAUAAUUAAGAGGAAACGGUGCGAAAGCAGGCAGUAGCUUAGAAUCUACACGAAGAAAAUGAGGAAAUUGGGGUCGAGCAAACUGUGACAAUAUAUUGUAUUAUAUAACAUAUAUGUUACUUCCACCAAUCCCUUUCAGCCUGUAACGCAACCCCUUGCCUGACUGAAUAUCAGCUUUCGUGGAAAGAAAAGGGAGAAAAGAGAAUAUCGUUGAUAAUACAAUUAGCGUGGAAGAAUUGUUCGAACAAUUGGUAAAUGCAAAUAUAAUAUAAAAGCAUUGAAAGAAA